UCCGUCAGGCGGGCUCGGGGGCGGGUCCGCGGUGGUGGCGGCGGCUGGGCGGGCGCGCAGUUCCGGGCGCGCGGCGACCGUUGGGCUUGGCGGUUCACGGGGGGCGCGGCUCUCAUGGCUGCAGCUAGCGUGACCCCUCCUGGCUCCCUAGACUUGCUGCAGCCUGGCUUCUCAAAGACCCUCCUGGGGACCAAGCUAGAGGACAAGUACCUGUGCUCAGCCUGCAAGAACGUCCUGCGCAGACCCUUCCAGGCGCAGUGCGGCCACCGCUACUGCUCCUACUGCCUGACCAGCAUCCUGAGCUCCGGGCCUCAGAACUGUGCCGCCUGUGUGCACGAGGGCAUAUAUGAAGAAGGCAUUUCUAUUUUAGAAAGCAGUUCGGCUUUCCCGGACAAUGCUGCCCGCAGGGAGGUGGAGAGCCUGCCAGCUGUCUGUCCCAACGACGGCUGCACCUGGAAGGGGACCCUUAAAGAGUAUGAGAGCUGCCAUGAAGGACACUGCCCAUUCAUGCUGACUGAGUGCCCGGCGUGUAAAGGCCUGGUCCGCCUUGGUGAGAAGGAACGCCACUCGGAGCACGAGUGCCCAGAGAGAAGCCUCAGCUGCAGGCACUGCCGGGUACCCUGCUGCUGGGCUGACAUGAAGGCGCACCAUGAAAUCUGCCCCAAGUUCCCCUUGACUUGCGACGGCUGUGGCAAGAAGAAGAUCUCCCGCGAGAAGUUUCAGGACCACGUCAGGACGUGUGGCAGAUGCCGAGUCCCGUGCAGAUUCCACGCUGUCGGCUGCCCUGAGAUGGUGGAGAGCGAGAAGCAGCAGGAGCAUGAGGUGCAGUGGCUCCGGGAGCACCUGGCCAUGCUGCUGGGCAUCCUCCUGGAGACAAAGCACCUCGUGGCAGACGGUGGCCGCUUCCUUGGCCAGAGUGAGGUGGGGGUCCCGGGGGUGGAGCUCUCCAAGGCUGCAGAGCUCCUGCAGAGGUGUGAGGCCUUGGAGAGGAAGACGGCUACCUUUGAGAACAUUGUCUGCGUCCUGAACCGGGAGGUGGAAAGGGUGGCCAUGACUGCCGAGGCCUGCGGCCGGCAGCACCGGCUGGACCAAGACAGGAUCGAAGCCCUGAGUAACAAGGUGCAGCAGCUGGAGAGAAGCAUUGGCCUGAAGGACCUGGCCAUGGCCGACCUGGAGCAGAAGGUCCACGAGAUGGAGGCCUCCACCUUCGACGGGGUGUUCAUCUGGAAGAUCUCAGACUUCACCAGGAAACGCCAGGAAGCCGUGGCCGGCCGCACACCUGCCAUCUUCUCCCCAGCCUUCUACACCAGCAGGUACGGCUACAAGAUGUGUCUGCGCAUCUACCUGAAUGGAGACGGCACCGGGCGUGGGACACACCUGUCUCUCUUCUUUGUGGUGAUGAAGGGCCCCAACGACGCCCUCCUGCGGUGGCCCUUCAACCAAAAGGUGACCUUAAUGCUGCUUGACCAGAACAACCGGGAGCACGUGAUUGAUGCCUUCAGACCCGACGUGACCUCAUCCUCUUUCCAGAGGCCUGUCAGUGACAUGAACAUUGCGAGCGGCUGUCCCCUCUUCUGCCCUGUCUCUAAGAUGGAGGCCAAGAAUUCCUACGUGCGUGAUGACGCCAUCUUCAUCAAGGCCAUCGUGGACCUGACAGGGCUCUAGCCGCCUCCCACCAGGGUCGGGGGUCGGGGUUGAGGAGCCACCACGCUGGGCCUGAGCCUCGCUGCGGGCGAGUGCCUGCCGGGUUCACGACCUACUGGGAAGGGGCCGCCUUCUGGGUGGGGGCGCUCCGGCCAGGCCACGUGGAGUGGGCCGUGGGCCUGUGAGUGCCUCCUGGCGAGCUGUCCUGUGCAAGUGCUCAGAGCUCUUGGUGUGCAGCAGGAGUGGCUGGGGGCAAGGCGAGCAGAAGGCCCGGGGGGCCGCGAGGAGAGGGGCCGCCCCCCAUCUGGCCACACGAGGAGCCCCCUGGUGCCUGGCCCCACCCUUCAGCCUCUGGAGAGAAGGGACGUUCCCGGGCCAAUGCCCUGAGUAGAGCUCCUGCUGGGGCAGCCUGGCCAGGCCUGUGGGCAGGGAGGGCGCCCUGUGUCCUCAGAAUGUCCCGUCGGCUGCCCUUGCGGUGUUUGGGGGGCACAUAUUCAGCCCCACUGCAGGACUUGUGUCAGCUGCCCCGUCGGGCUGUGGAGAAGUUGUCAUUAAAUCGUAGAAUCUCUGUGGUGAGUGGUGUCCGUUUGGCUCCAACCUUGGCAGUGGUGACCCUCGCAGGGGCCUCCUGGCUUCCUGCCUCCCGUGGCCCCCUCCUUGCAGGUGCCCUGCCCCUGUCUGUGUCUCCAACUCCAAGCUCGCUCCUGGGGCCGUGGUGAAGCCAGUUGUUUUCUCUUCUGGAAUGUUCUUUGCUGGCCGGCUCCUCCUCCCUCAGGCCUCCCAGGGGCUGCCUUGAGUGCAGGGCCACACAUGUGCCUCUCAUUCUGGGCCUGUCCUACCCCUCUGUGCAGGGACCCCUUGCCAUGGAAGAGUGGCCAGUGGCUUCAUUUGUGUUGGAGUCUGAGGAGUGGUGUUGCCCCUGGAACCAGACCUUCUCUGGCUACCAGGGAUUUUCUCGACUGGCAGAGUCCUAGCACCCUGGCCACAGGAUUGAACCUCACUUAUACCUGGGUUAGGGCCUCAGCCCUGUGGGGUGCAGGAGAGGGUCCUGGCCAAUGGCUGUCCUCACCUGGCUGCGCCAGUGACCAGUCAUUUGUUCUCAGGCUGGGGCUGCCUGGGGUCCUUACAGAGAACCUUUCAGUGAUAGGUUUGACUUCCCCUUACAUGGUCACUCACAUCUCUCUUGAGAAGUUAAACGAUAGAAAAGCACAGAGAAUAAUGAAACAAGCACCUGUGUCCACCUCCCAGCGUUCAGAAAUAUGCACGUUUUGAGUUAUAUAUGUACGUAUUUUAAUUAAAAAGAAUCACUGCAGC